AUUGUGAAGAUCUUCAGUGAGGACGGUGUUGGCAAGGUUGUCGAGAUCCCGGCCGACAUGACAGCCAGGGACCUGUGCCAGCACCUGGUCUACAAAAGCCAUUGUGUGGAUGACAACAGUUGGGCACUUGUUGAACACCACACGCUGUUAGGUCUAGAGCGUUGUCUAGAAGACCAUGAGCUGGUGGUUCAGGUCCAGGCCUCAAUGAACAGUGACAGCAGAUUCCUUUUCAGGAAGAACUAUGCCAAAUAUGAAUUCUUCAGAGACCCUCUGACAUUUUUCCCAGAGCACAUGGUUGCGUGGUGUCAGGAAACCAAUCAUACUAUUCCACCAUCUCAGCUCCUUCAGAACUUCCUUGCAACCAGCAGCUGUCCAGAAAUCCAGGGUUAUCUCUACAUAAAGGAAGUGGGUAGGAAGUCUUGGAAGAAAGUUUACAUGUUUCUGCGCCGCUCAGGACUCUACUGUUCUACAAAAGGAACCUCAAAGGAGCCCAGACAUUUACAGUUACUUGCGGACCUAGAGGACAGCAACAUCUUUACUGUCAUCACGGGCAAGAAGCAGCAUGGUGCACCCACAGACUACGAGUUCUGUAUCAAACCCAAUAAAUCCAGAGGGGAGAUGAAGGAGUUGAGGAUGCUGUGUGCAGAGGAUGAACAAAGCAGGACCUGUUGGAUGACAGCGUUUCGACUCUUUAAGUAUGGGGUUGUAUUGUACCAGAAUUAUAAGAUUCCUCAACAAAGAAAAACCUUGCUAUCACACUUUUCAGGUCCUGUGAGGAGUGUAUCGGAGAACUCUCUUGUGGCAAUGGAUUUCUCAGGGCGGAUAGGCAGGGUGAUCGACAAUCCAGUAGAAGCUCAGAGUGCUGCCAUGGAGGAGGGGCAUGUUUGGAGGAAGAGGACUCAACGAAUGAACGUGUUAGGUUCCCACAGUCCACUGCACCACUCCUCGCUAAGCUCGGUUAUCCACAUAGCUCAGCUGUGGUUCUACGGUAAGAUAACCAGAGAGGAAUCCCAUCGCAUAAUCCACCAGCAGGGACAAGUAGAUGGGCUGUUUCUACUGAGAGUCAGUCAGAGUAACCCCAAGGCGUUUGUGCUCACACUGUGCCAUCACCAGAAAAUCAAACAUUUCCAGAUCCUACCGUGUGAAGAGGAUGGCCAAGUCUUCUUCAGCCUUGAUGACGGCAUAACCAAAUUCACUGACCUGAUUCAGCUGGUGGAGUUCUACCAGCUCAACAGAGGAGUUCUGCCUUGUAAACUCAAACACCCGUGCACCAUUGUGGCCUUAUGA